AUGCUAUCCUUCUCAUUUAUUCAACGAUUAAUUACUCUUCCUUUUGUAUGGGUUUGGAUAUCUAUUCAGUACGUAACUGUGGGGACAAGAUUUCAACAACAUGAAGCCUUUCAGAAGAGUCUUUAUUUAAACUUGGCUUGUAUUAGUUAUUUGCAUAUAGCUAGCGGGAUGACGAUGAAAGAUGUCAAGCGCUUCGGAUUCAGGAAUUUGUUUGAUAUGCUAGAGAAGAAGGAGAGCAAAUUGAAUCCUAUGAAAAAGCUUCCUAACUAUGGAGAAAUAUUUACUCAAAAAAACAAUGAACAAAAUAUUCCCGAUUCCGCGUGGCUUGCUAGACACCCUCAAAAUAAGGACAAAGAGGACUCCGUUAUCCUUCACCUCCAUGGAGGAAUGAUGUAUCACCAUUCUACAGAGCUUCAUAUUGCUGCUUUUAGCAAUCUGUAUUUUCUAUUUCAAAAAGACGGUUUAAGGCCGCCUUCUAUCUUGCUUGUCGAUUAUUCCUUGGUACCUGAAGGAAGAACCUAUCCAUCACAAAUCCUCGAAUGUUUGAAUAUUUACGAUAGAUUAUUAUCAUUCGGAUAUAGAAAAAUAAUUAUAGUUGGUGACUCAGCUGGCGGGAAUCUUGCAUUGUCGAUGCUUUACCACCUAAACGAAAAGUCCAAAUCUAAAAAUGUUGUCUGGCCUUCUGGUGUAGCAUUAAUUUCUCCCUGGUUAGAUUUGACAAGUGCCAAAAAUACAAAAUCUUAUAAAUAUAACGCUUAUAAGGAUGUGAUUGCCUUUGAGACUUUGCAAAGGUGUGGAAGAGGAUAUGUUCAGCAAAAUGAGCAUUUAUACUCCCAACCUUUAACGAACAUAAAUCUGAACUGUUUCCAGGAUUUUUGGUCUGAAUUUCCACCGUUUAAAAAAGGAAGGUUUUUGCUCUUGGUUGGCAAUCACGAAGUUUUAAGAGACGAAAUUUUAGAAUGGUGCCUUGAAAAGACAUCGCUCGGCAAGAACUAUCCUGAGAGAAUAAUGAUUGAAACCAAUGGUAUACAUGAAGGGAUUUUUCUUACAGAAACUUCUCUAUUAUAUACAAAUCGUAUAACUUUUGAGGAAUGGUCACAGACAUUUGGAGUGAAUGCUUUGUAUAAUUUCAUUAAGGAAAUUGACGAAAAGAGUUAA